AACCUGUUGUGGCCGGAGGGGUAGAUCGCCCUCGCUCUCAUCUGCGCACAGACUGUGUGGCAGGGGGAUAAAGUCGCCGGCGCUCGGGUUUCCCCGGAUAGCCUUUUAUUAUUGUUAUUAUUAUUUUUAAAGGGAGGCAGAAGCAAGUCGAAGCCCCUCAGAGUUAACACCUCGAAUCCGCUGCCUUAUCCGCAGCGGAUUGUCCUGAGGCUGCGAUAUUCCUUACUGCUCUCCGAGGGACCAUGCCUGCCAGAUUUGGGGGCUUGGUGACUGCUCGCUUGCUUUCGUUGUUGCUGCUGCUGCUGCUGCUUCUCUCGCAGGUCCACCUCCACAGAACCACGGGCCCCCGGUUUUUAAUAAGUGACCACGACCAAGACCCUCAAUGUAACCUUCAGUGCUCCAGAUCUGCUGUCAAGCCUCUCUGCGCUUCCGAUGGCAGGACUUACGAAUCAAUGUGUGAUUAUCAGAGAGCAAAGUGCAAGGAUUCCAAUCUGAAUGUGGCACAUCGAGGCAGAUGUAAAGAUGCUGGUCAGAGCAAAUGCAGAUUAGAAAGAGCCCAAGCACUGGAUCAAGUGAAGAAGCCACAAGAAGCGGUCUUCGUUCCAGAGUGUCAUGAGGAUGGAUCAUUUACCCAAGUCCAGUGCCACACCUACACUGGAUAUUGCUGGUGUGUCACUCCAGAUGGCAAGCCUAUCAGUGGUUCUUCUGUGCAGAACAAAACUCCUGUAUGCUCAGGCUCAGUAACCGACCGGCCGUUAGGACAGGGUAAUUCUGGAAGAAAAGUUUCUUUUCAAUUUUUUUUAACUCUCAAUUCAGAUGAUGGUUCAAAACCAACACCCACCAUGGAAACACAACCAAUUUUGGAUGGAGAAGAAAUUACAGCCCCUACACUUUGGAUUAAACACUUGGUCAUCAAAGAUUCCAAACUGAACAGCUCUAGUAUGAAAAAUUCAGAGAAAAUUAAUUCUUGUGAUCAAGAAAGGCAGAGUGCACUUGAGGAAGCCAAGCAGAAUCCACGUGAAGGAAUUGUUAUCCCUGAAUGUGCCCCUGGAGGACUGUACAAACCGGUGCAGUGUCAUCAGUCCACCGGCUACUGCUGGUGUGUUCUGGUAGACACUGGUCGACCCCUACCUGGCACUUCUACCCGAUAUGAGACCCCUGUAUGUGAAAGCGAUGCUCGAUCCAGAAGUCCAGAAAUUGAUGAUCCUUUCAAAGACCGAGAACUUCCAGGUUGCCCAGAAGGGAAAAAAGUAGAAUUUAUUACCAGUUUACUGGAUGCUCUCACCACAGAUAUGGUACAGGCUAUUAACUCAGCAGCACCUGCUGGAGGUGGAAGGUUCUCUGAGCCUGAUCCCAGUCAUACCCUGGAAGAGCGGGUGGUACAUUGGUACUUCAGCCAGCUGGACAACAAUAACAGCAGUGACAUCAACAAAAGGGAGAUGAAACCCUUCAAGCGCUACGUGAAGAAGAAAGCCAAGCCCAAGAAAUGUACACGACGCUUCACUGACUACUGUGAUCUCAACAAAGACAAGUCUAUCUCACUUCAGGAAUUGAAAGGCUGUUUGGGGGUCAGGAAGGAAGAAGCAUUGGCAGCUUCCCACAUGGAAAAAGGCAAGGUGUUAAUCCUUUCAGACGUCUUGUCUAAGAGGAUAUGCCAUGGAUGGAUGGAAGGAUGGAAUGGCCAUCUGAAAACAUGUAGGACUGGCAACACCCAGUAUAGCAGAAGUGGCAGUCACAACAUUUGCACUUUGUUAAAAAAACAAAAGAAGAGAAAAAUUGUCUACAUAUAAUACAGGUUUUUUUUAGUAAUCUGAAGACAUUUGGAAAGAAAACUGAACAUCCACUUGGGAUUUAAAUCUUAAGGACUUGAAAAAAUGUUUAAUAUACUGUACAUAAAAUGUAAAUUACACAGUGAUUUUCUGUUGGUUAUAGGAUGACUAUUUGAUUCCUGCCCAGUUUUUUGUUUCCUUUGUUUCCUUUUUAAGAGGCACAGCAGUUUCAGGAAUGUCUUUCUGGACAGGAGUGUCUUCUUAACGCCACUCAAUCUUUGUUAAGUGAUAUCAGCUCAGCCUUCAUUACAUUCAUUACAGAGAUUAUUGGAGGGUUCUUUAUAAAAUGUUGUAAAUCACUGAUGAGGAAAUGAUCUAAAUAUGUAAUCUAUGGCAGUGGUCCCUAGUUCUAGUCCAUGGACUGCUAGCAGGCUGCAGCCUGUCGGGAACUGGGCCGCACAUGUGGCUGGUGAGUACGCCAAGCUCCAUUUGCACAAGUGGCAGGCAUGUGCGUGAAAUCACCUCUUCCUCCUCCUGCCGCUACCACUGCUGCCAGUCUGCAGAGCCAGAAAGGUUGAGGAUCGCUGAUCUGGGGGAAUAUUCAAGAAACGUAAAAGUGAGCAGUAUGAAAUUAUAAAUGGGGGUGGAGACUUCAUGGCACUCCAGAUAUUGUGUGACUUUAAUAUACACAUGUUUAGCCAGCAUAUCCAGUGUUCACUUAGCAAAAAUGAGACAAAAUCUCUGCCCAGUUCAGGAAUCGAAAAUAAAACAGCCUUACAAAAUAGCUGUCAUAACCUGGCUAGAGCACCUCCUAUGCACAAAGCCCAGCCUGGAUACUUGGUUCCUUGAGUGAACCGUUCCUAUUGAUAGGGGUUUUUUUCCCUCUCAUUCAGAAGGAAUCUCCCUUCAGGUCAUUAUUCUGGAACAAGAGACGACUUUGGAUAUUAUUUUGUGUGAAGUGUUCCACAUUGUAGUGUCCACCAGUUGAUCAUUGUGAGGACAGACUACUGGGGUCAGAGGUCCAGUACAGCCAGAAUCUCACUGUUUAUAUUCUUAAUUUUUUGGUCCUGGCUGUUUUAGUGUUUAGGAAAAGCAAGAGUGAGUUGCAACAAUGACUUUUUUGGAUUGUGGUUUACUGUAAAAUGGAUUUUUGUCUCGUGGAUCGCCAUCACCCCCUGCUGGCUUUUCUGAUGUAUCACAUACAAUGAAAGUGUCUUCAAACUCUUCUUUUGCAUACUGUGUUCUUUUUCCUUUCUUUUGUUCACAACACUUAUUCUGUAUGCAUUCAAAUUAUUUUGUUUGCAUAUACAGUGUAAAAAGUCUAUUUUGUCCAUAUGAAUGAAGAACAAUUUGUAAAGAAUGUUGUUAAAAGAGUUUUUCUUCACUCGGAUCUUCCUCUCAGCCCCCUUAUACUUAUUGUUAACAAUGCCAGAGAAUCAGAGACCAUGCCAAAUUCUUCUCUCACUUUGCCUUACUAUUUUGUGAAAAUGAAUGUUGUGUAGUUCUGUCAAAGGGCAUCUGUGGCACCUUUAGUUUGGUAGUUUUUCUUCCAAGGAACUUCUUUCAGAACCUGUUGGGUUAGAGCAGCAUAUAAAUCCCAGUAAAUUAAUAAAGAUACAUAAACUUUU